AACAACUGUGUGUCAUAGUUUAUAAUUUUUUUUCUGUAUAAAAAAUAUGUCAAUUAAGAGGUAAAUUCGAGUUCAUAUUAUUUCACGCAAAGAAACAUAACUACAUUUUCCAAAAGAAAAGACUGUUCAUCAAGAAAUAGAUUUAAAAUAGGCAAUACGCAAUUGAAAGAUUUGGGAUUCGGAUUCAUCGACAAAAAAUCUACGGGGAACACAUACUUUUAUUCUAGGAAGCCUUCGUUGAAAGAAGCAAUGGGACAGACUCUAAGCGAACCAGUGACGACGAAAAAAACAGCUUGUUGUAGAAAUGAUAGUUAUCGAGUGGGAAGUUCGAGUAUGCAAGGAUGGCGGGUGAGCAUGGAGGAUAGUCAUGUUCACAUUCUCUCCCUUCCUGAUGAUCCGGGCACCUCUUUUUAUGGAGUCUAUGACGGCCACGGCGGAGCAGCCGUAUCACACCAUGUUAGUAAACACCUGCACGAAUAUAUAACGAAGAGAAGCGAGUUUAAGAAUGGGAAUAUUAGUCUGGCGAUGCAGAAAGCUUUUCUUGAACUAGACAAGGACAUGCAAAAUGAAUCAACUUUAAGAGAAAAACAAGCAGGCUCAACUGCUAUUACUGUUCUUAUCAAAGAUAAUAUUCUUUAUAGUGCGAAUGCAGGAGACAGUAGAGCAGUUGCAAGUGUUCGAGGACGAGCCGUCGCUCUAAGUCAAGACCACAAACCUACCUUGGCUACAGAAAAAAAGAGAAUCGAAGCCGCAGGUGGUUGGGUUGAAUUCGGGAGAGUCAAUAGACACUUGGCUUUGUCUCGGGCCUUCGGAGAUUUUAUGUUUAAACAAAAUAAUCGCAAGCCACAAGAGGAACAAAUCGUCACUGUGCUUCCGGACGUGAAAGAAUUUGAAAUAACCGAAGACUGGGAGUUCCUGAUUCUCGCUUGCGAUGGUAUCUGGGACGUGAUGACAAACCAGGACGCGGUAAAGUUUGUUAGAAGUAGAUUAGCCUGUCCAAAAAAGAACGACGAAGAAGAGCAAUUUGUAGAUCCCGAGGAAAUCUGCGAGGACUUAUUGAAACACUGCUUAGCGCCUGACGUUCUCAUGGACAUUGGGUGCGAUAACAUGACUGUCGUCCUCGUUUUUUUCCUUCACGGAAAACCAUACUCUCAUCUAGUCUCCAAGUGCCAGCAAGUUCCAGUUGACUCUGAACUUCUAGAAUCGAUAGGCGAUACCUCAAGGAUUUCCACUGGAAUCUUCGAAAGUUCUUUAUAGAAAAUGUAUAUUACAAUACUAUACCUAAUUUAAAUUAAAAAUACUCGUCUAUUA